AUGUCAGAUACAAUAGACCCACCGGCGCUCGGUUUUGAAUCCGACUUUGUAUUCUCAGAUGAAGACGACGGUCUGCUGGGUAUUCGGAACGAUGAACGUGUGAAUCGGUCUCUUGCGACCCAAGAUCAAAUCGGCAAAACAGGCUACAGUGCCUACGUCCGUCAUGUUCAAUACGGCGCCUACGAGAAUAAAUCUGCAUGUCUGCUUGGCAUUGACUUCGCCUUCCGUUUCCCCCCGAAGGGACUCGGCCGCUUCUCCUCUGCAGAGAUCGAAGUCACUUUUGAGAAAGCUUUAAACCCCAGCAAACCCUACUUGCGCUCGACUGAUGCCUCAUUGGACCCAAUUGUUGCCAACUUUGCGCCCAGACAGAUACUUGGGCAGACCAAACCGCGAGAGAACCACAGAAUAUUAGAGAUUAGCGCGCCAAUCGUCUUUCACACACCCUUUGGCCCGGCUCAGAUGUCUGCCAAGUGGUCCCAAGAGACGACUUUCACUGAAGAGGGCCGACUCGAGGUUCAUGGUAAUUUGGCACAAGAUGACGACCAUGACGAUGGAGCAAAUUCAGUCACAUGGGACCUCACGGAGAAUCCAGUCAGCAAGAACGGUAUCCUUCGCUCAUUCCGCGGUGUUAUUGUCUUGUUUUGUCGCCCUUGCGAUGCUUUUUGGAUGCGUGUGGCAGUGAAACCUGUGGUAAAAUUUGCAUUAGAUCCCCGGAAAUUGUUAACUAAGAGACUUGUGGGCGAUAAAGAUGAGCCCGUAUUGCUUAAUGGGCGACAAAGCCUGGGUAACUCGUCAUGUUUCGGUUACAACGAGUUUGACGCCGAAGACUUUCCUUGGCUGGAUGUGUUGAAUCUGCCGCAACCUCUGGGGAUUAAAGAUGAAGAGAGUCACAAAGAACGGCCGUUUGUCGUCUGGCUUGGCCGUCCAAGGCAUGAGGGAGGAGAAUAUCUCUCGGCCUUUCAGAAGAAAUUUGACUAUGCUCAGAUCCUCGAAGCCGAUGAUUGCCAAGAAGUAAAAGAAAAAACCCCGGCUCUAAUAGCUAAGCAUGGUUCUAUUGACGCUUUUCUUGUAUCAAUGGGCACAAUAACGUAUGCGCCUUUCGACCAAGAUCUUUUCGGUCCAUUAGCUUCCGAGUGUGGUAUCAUCACCUCGUCAAAAGCGGGCUACGAUGAGUUUGACGUUGAAUGGAUAACGAACCAGGGAAUCUGGCUUUGUAAUACGACCGAUGCGAUAGUCGAAUCAACGUCUAAUAUGGCUAUAUUCCUAACUCUCACUGCCCGGUGGACUAACGUUCUGUAUCCUACUCACGAUAUCACGGGCAUGACAAUCGGUAUCGUUGGAAUGGGCAAAGUGGGAACGCGAGUAGCGUCAAAGGCGAAGGCUUUCAACAUGCGCGUCAAGUACUUCAAUCGCCGUCGAUUGAGCGAUCAAGAGAAGGCAUUGUGCGGCGCGUCGUAUCGUGACUCUCUACAUGCUUUAUUGAGCGUGUCGGAUAUUGUAUCGAUCAAUUGUCCACUCAAUGACGAUACUCGCAAUUCUAUUUCCACUGCCGAGUUUGCGGCAAUGAAAGACGGCUCGUAUUUGGUCAACACCGCACGGAAAGCCAUUAUCGAUGAAGAUGCCUUGAUCCAGGCUCUCGAAUACGGCAACCGCUUUAGUUGA